CUGUGGCGACCCCACACUUCUUUUCCUCUGCACCCACAUCCACAGCCUUUGAAGGGUAUGAGCGAGGGCGGACGACGAGACCUUUCGAUGGCUGGCGAAGACUCGGAGCUCGACAAGUACUCGGAUGCGCGGAAUAGAGAGGGGUGCUCAGACCUCGUUCCUCAAGAGGGCGGACAAGAUGGUGUCGGAGAGCAUAAAAACGUGCGGGAAGGUGGUUGGCAACCGGCCACCCGACCGAGAGCAUCCAGUGCUCCUGGCUCGGACUACGCGUCAUUCAGCUCAAAGGCUCUGACUCCGACACCCGACGCGUUGAGAUCCGGCCGUGGUCGAGGCCCUGGCAAUUCUCAUCGACCCGAAGCCCUCUUGCGCUCGCGCCCGUUGACAGUUCAUUCGCCCUAUGCAGCAGGACCGAGCAACUUCCCUCGUAGCGCUGCAUCACGGUCACGUUCACCUUCUCGCGCUCAGGCUCGCUCUCGCUCUCCAUCAGGCUCUACCCACCAAAAGCCGCACCAAAAAGGCCGCCGCCCCUUCCCAUUCCGCACACGAACCGAUUCUUCCCCCUUUGCACGAGGCCCAUCGUCUUCCCGUGUCUCGCACGCUUCGCGAUUCGGUCGGUUUGGCCACCAACCCACAUAUGCAUAUGACCCUUAUGCCUCCCAUCCGUAUUAUUACUAUGGCUAUCCUUAUGAAAAUGCGAAUGCAGCUGCCGGCCAGUCGGAGCGGGAGCCGUUUAUCGCCCGCAAUCCAUUCCGACUGCGUUUCCGCACCGAAAAUACGAGGGAAAUCCUCCCUCUGUAUCACGGCUCUACCUCUAGCAGCGACACCUCUGCUCCCUCCGCAAAAAUUUCCCGCCUCCAUCAAGUGUGGACGGCAUUGCUGUCCGCCGUCUCCCUCCUGUUGGUGGCUCUUCCUCACCAGUUAUGUUUGCACCUGCUUCUCCUCCGACUACCGCACCUCUACUUUGGCCGAGUGGCGUCGCUCUUCGAGGAUUCCAACUUUUCUGCACGGGACAUCCCGAUUCUCUUGUCCGUGCGCGACAUCGCCACGGUCCCCCAUCUCGUCAACUUGCGCUAUGGCUGGGACGCGUUGCUCGACGGGCUGCUAAGAGAAUGGAAGGCACAAACCGUCGUUUCGGCCUUGUUCCUCUCCACAACCCUGUCCCUCUUCCAAAUAUCUUCCUCGAUCGACCACGUUUCCCGCACGAUCGCCGUCCUUUCACUGCUCUGUGCGCUAUUCAGCAUUUGCCUCUCCUCGCUGUACAUCGUUCACUUUGGCGGGGGACCGCUCCGUGCGAUACGGAAUGCUGCCAAACUUGCUGAGGAAGCUCGGCAAAGCCACCCGUCGCAGAUCUGGAACACAUGGGUCGUCCUCGCGCUGCCCGCCGUCUGGUUCGCCUGGUCCGUCCUACUCUUCCUCACCAGCAUCACGAUCUUCGUGUGGCAGAUGUACACGACUGCCCGUCCAUCAUCGCCACAGGCACCACAUGACCAGCUGGCGCUGGGCACCGCCGUCGCUUUCUGUGUCGUCCUUUCCCUCGGGCUCGCAUCGUUGGUCUCCGCGCUGCUCAAAUUCCAGCACUUGGGCGACCAUGACGCGCGUCAGGCCCGCGCCAACCCGGAAUCGGACAUCGAAAAGCACCCGAGCGACAAAGGUAGGCCGUGGCACAACCGCGCUAUCCCCGCCACCCCGAGCAACGAAGCGCUUUCGCGAGCGCAGGCACAGGCCGACGACCCGCCGCGGCCGGGCCGGUCGCCCUAUAUGUAUGCGGACGUGCCCGAUUAUGCCGGCCCGGCCCACGUGAUGGGCGUUCCCCAGGCGGCAUCGUCGGUGCCCUCACGAGGGCGCAGCGUGCGGUACCAUCGGCGCACAGAGGUAUUUCAGGAGAACCAACCCGUUGUUAGCCAGCCGCUCGCGCAGGCGAAAACACGGUCCGAGGGCAUUGACAAGGUGCCGUUUUCGAGGUUGAAGGUCGUGGAGCUUCAAGUGAGCGGUGAAAAUCACGCGGAUGCGGAUCCGAAAGGCCAGCCACAGUCCUACGCCAGUGGGCUACCGUUUGUGGCCUCGCCAGCCCUCGAGCAGCGGGAUAUAAGGAAGGAAGAUUGGACUCGGUUCAUCGAGGAACUCGACGCGACGUGCCGCCCCGACUCGGCCGUUCCGCCCUUCCCGCUGCCCGCCGCGCUGCACACAAAUCGGACGGAUACCGGCGGACGGGCGUGGCAGAUGUUGCGGCGCGUGGCCACGACAAUGCAUGUGUGGAACGACCGCUUCUUCGGUGUGCGCGGCGUUGAGUGCGUCAUUGUCCUCCGGGCAGGCAACGGAGAGCCUGAAGAAAAGCAUGCGCAGCGGGCGGAGAUUUGGUUAAUUGGGCUGACCUUCGGUGGAGCAGACCGGGAGGAGAAGCAGGGAGUUUGGGGGGCGAUGGAGACACAGACACAGGAUGGCGACGGUGGCAGUGGCCGAGGUGUGGUGGUCCGCAUGCGGGAAGAGGCGUCGAGAGGCAGGGAUCGGUAUUAUUGCUCCAUUGCUGAGCUAUCAUGA